AUGAUCUCCACCAUCGUAAGACAACGUUAUACGUGUGAGCGACCCACAAUUCUAGUAUUCCUGGAUUUCCGAGGCGCAUUCGACUCGGUUGACCGGUCUCUUCUUCUUGACACGCCUGCCCACCAAGGAAAGUUUGUAGACAUAAUACGUUCUCAGACUUGUAGACAUGUGAGAGUAUACGGAGAACUCUCCAAAAGCUUCCGUACACAAAGCGGUGUCCAUCAGGGAUGA